ACCACAGGAGACACCAGUGCCCAACCGAGGAGUGGUGCAUGGAGGGGAGGAGGCAGAACCAGAUGGACAAUAAAAGACCAGUCAUGUGUUCUCCCAACUCCACACCCCAAAGCCGUUCCCUGCCCCCUGCAGGACCCAGUAAAAUCCUGGGUCUCCUGUGAGGCACACACUCAAACAUUCAGAGUUAACAUCAUGAAGUGGUUGGUUCUCCAGCUGCUGACCCUCUACUGCCUGGUGAUCACACCAGUGACAGGAAGUUUGAGAGGAAAACCUAUUUAUAUACCUGAACGUCGAGAUUUUAUUGUAUCAAAACCUAUACUGAGAGACUGUGAGAAGAUUCCCAACAUCCACGAGUGCAGGAGAUACUGCAAUUUUGAUAUUGAAUGCAAUGCUGGUGAUUAUUGCUGCAGUUCCAGCUGUGGAAAUGUUUGCAUGAAAAUUGCAGAACCUGGUAGGAUCUAAGAUUUACCCCUCUCUUGCCAUGACUUUCUCAAGAACUAUGGAACCCCUAACUGUGAAGGAAAAGACAUAAGGAGACUAUGCUCCCCCCAGUACCAUUAUGCAUUACAAUCUGGGAUCCCUUCCUCUUCUCCCCAGCCCAAGCCCGCCUUGUCCACUUGCAAG